AUGUCGGAUCCGGCGUCGCAGGCCCUGCAACCUCGGCUCCCCCAAACCCAGUCUACUGGGUCAGCCGGUUCCAGUACUGCCGUCGCUGCUUCCACGGGCUCCGGACAAGGACACAGUGACCCCGCCAGACCUGGACUUAGCCAGCAACAGCGUGCGAGCCAGAAGAAAGCCCAAGUUCGAGCGUUUCCACGCGCAAAAAAGCUCGAGAAACUUGGCGUGUUUUCUGCAUGCAAGGCCAUCGACACAUGCAAGUGCAAUGGAUGGAAAAACCCAAAUCCUCCGUCAGCUCCACGUAUGGACAUGCAGCAGCAGGCAGCCAGUCUGAGUGAGCCCUGCCGCAGCUGUGGACAUGCCUUGGCUGAUCAUGUGUCCCACCUGGAGAAUGUCUCCGAGGAUGAGAUUAACAGGCUGCUGGGGAUGGUGGUGGACGUGGAGAACCUUUUCAUGUCUGUGCACAAGGAGGAGGACACUGACACCAAACAGGUCUACUUCUACCUUUUCAAGCUGCUGAGGAAAUGCAUCUUGCAAAUGAGCCAACCAGUCGUGGAGGGAUCCCUGGGAAGUCCACCCUUUGAGAAGCCAAACAUUGAGCAGGGAGUUUUGAAUUUUGUUCAGUACAAGUUCAGCCACCUUGCACCGAAGGAAAGACAAACCAUGUUUGAACUUUCAAAGAUGUUCCUCUUGUGCCUCAAUUACUGGAAGCUGGAGACGCCGUCGCAGUAUCGCCAGCGCACGCAGAAAGACGAUGGCACGGCAUACAAAGUAGACUACACAAGGUGGCUGUGCUACUGCCACGUUCCACAGAGUAACGACAGCCUCCCGCGCUAUGAAACCACUCAGGUGUUUGGCCGCAGCUUGCUCAAGUCCAUCUUUACGGUGACUCGACGUCAACUCCUGGAGAAGUUCCGAGUGGAGAAGGACAAGCUGCUGCCAGAGAAACGGACGCUGAUCCUCACACACUUUCCUAAGUUUCUGUCCAUGCUGGAGGAGGAAAUAUACGGCGAGAACUCACCCAUCUGGGAGGCUGACUUCACCAUGCCGGCCUCUGAUGGCACACAGCUGGGACAGACAGUGGUCAGUCCCGCUGCAGUGCCUGGGUCGCCUGCUCUUAUGAAAGGCAUGAGCAGCAUCUCCACUUUGGGCGGCAUGGACACGGCAGGUUCAGAGCCCAUCACAGGAGAAAAGCGUAAACUUCCAGAGGCACUGACCCUGGAAGAUGCCAAGCGGAUACGUGUGAUGGGAGACAUUCCCAUGGAGCUGGUCAAUGAAGUUAUGAUGACAAUCACCGAUCCUGCUGCGAUGCUCGGACCUGAGACCAACCUGCUCACACCAAACGCCGCCCGUGACGAGACGGCCAGGCUGGAGGAGAGGCGGGGCAUCAUAGAGUUUCACGUCAUUGGAAACUCCCUUUCACAGAAGUCCAACAAGAAGAUCCUGAUGUGGCUGGUUGGCCUGCAGAAUGUCUUCUCCCAUCAGUUACCCCGAAUGCCCAAAGAGUACAUCACACGGCUGGUGUUUGACCCAAAGCACAAGACUCUUGCCCUUAUUAAAGACGGUCGAGUCAUCGGGGGCAUCUGUUUUAGGAUGUUUCCCACUCAGGGCUUCACGGAGAUCGUCUUCUGUGCCGUCACAUCUAACGAGCAAGUCAAGGGCUACGGUACCCACCUGAUGAACCACCUGAAGGAGUAUCACAUCAAACACGGCAUCCUGUACUUCCUCACCUACGCUGAUGAGUACGCCAUUGGUUACUUCAAAAAGCAGGGCUUUUCCAAAGACAUCAAAGUGCCGAAGAGUCGUUACUUAGGCUACAUCAAAGAUUACGAAGGCGCAACGCUCAUGGAGUGUGAGCUGAACCCGAGGAUCCCCUACACCGAACUCUCUCACAUCAUUAAAAGACAGAAAGAGAUCAUCAAGAAGCUGAUAGAGAGGAAGCAGAGCCAGAUCAGGAAGGUUUACCCAGGUUUGACCUGCUUCAAAGAGGGAGUCAGACAGAUCCCUGUCGAGAGUAUCCCAGGAAUAAGAGAAACUGGCUGGAAGCCAAGUAACAAGGAGAAGUGCAAAGAGGUGAAGGAUCCUGAUGUGUUGUACAAUAUGCUGAAAAACCUCUUGGCACAGAUAAAGACUCACCCUGACGCCUGGCCCUUCAUGGAACCAGUGAAGAAAUCCGAGGCUCCGGAUUAUUAUGAAAUCAUUCGCUUUCCAAUUGACCUGAAGACCAUGACCGAGAGGCUAAAAAAUAGAUACUACGUGACCAAGAAGCUUUUCAUCGCCGACCUCCAGCGAAUCAUCACCAACUGUCGUGAGUACAACCCUCCUGACAGUGAGUACUGCAAAUGUGCCAACACCUUGGAGAAGUUUUUUUACUUCAAAUUAAAAGACGGUGGCCUAAUCGAUAAGUGAACUCAGCCGGAGAGCAGUUCAGAGACGACAGGUGACUGUCCCAGCCAACCACAUACCAAUCAGGAAAAAUCGAACACUGGAUGUCAGGCUACGUAGAUAGAAAGUACAAGAUGGACAAACUUCACACAGAUGUUGAAUGUUAAAGAGCAUGAAGCAGUCGGAUGAACUUUUGAUUAAAACGGCAUUACUACGGCGUUCAAUGGGGGAAAACUAUCAUAUAUUGAACACAUUUUUGUUAGAUGUAACCAAAGUCACAGGUCCAGCAAUGAUGACAAUGCUACUCCGUUCAUUAUUUAUAGCUACAGUGUGUUGCAUUUCAUGAUACGCCAUUCCAGUUUUCUUCACGCUGCAGGUUGCUGUGUCGUGUUCCUUUUUUUUUGUUGUUGUUCUUCUUCUUGUUGUAGUUCUUGUUGUUGUUCCUCAACACAAUAAUUGGACCUUGGGACCUAAAGCCAUGUUGCCUUGUGUUACUGACAGACACUUGAACAUCCCGGUCAUUUUCGUUGGCAAGUAUAAGCUCACAUUCAGAAUUGAUGUCAUGUCCUGUAAACAGUUGAUAUACGCGUGAACAGUGGGUUGUUAUAAAUGUACAAGAGAGGUUUCAAAAUAAUCAAUCACUGGGAAUCUAACAACUUCAGCACUGUAUCUAUAAAUGAAAGCGGAUUUGUAAAUAUCAUUGCAGACGUACCAAUAGUUUUCUUUUACCUUUGUCCGCCAUCACUUGUGUUUAGACCGUGGUUCUUAAGUGAUGAAGCCCUGGGUCCAUCAGUUCACCUUAAACACAUUUUUUAUUGGACUGUACUGUACAAAAGUAUCAGCACCAAAGCCCAUAAAUAUAAUUUUAUCUUCUGAAAUUGAUGCAAAACGUUUAACAUUCCACAAACCUUUUAUGUUAACUGUUGGACAGACUAUCACUAGACAAUAUUAUAACACACAUUACAGUUAGCGGUUAACCCUACUCUGUUGAAGUUACAGCAUAUGGAUAGUGUGGUCAAAUGUUGGCAUAUUCCAAUAUUUCCCAACCUUUUUUAACAUAUGGCACCAACUUUUUGUAUUGCAAUACUGCUGCAGUACUGAAGUGGUCCUGCCUAAGUUGUCUACAUUGUUAAAUUGUAUAGAAAAAUGUCUCAUCUUCGCCAGGUAUAAAAGAGUGGAGUGACCCACAGCUAUUGUGUGCACGGUAAAAUUUAGUUUCCAGACCAAUUCUACUUUGUGGCCAACAUUUAUGUUUCUAUACACGUAUGUCUUUUUAAUGAAUUUAUUCACUCCCACACAUAUGCUUACCAGUCAGUUUCAUGCUCAGCCACGUUCUUAACUGUUGUCACGUGUUUCACGGAGCUUCACAUUUCAGUCCUGACCAUGUUCGAGGAGAAGCUAACAGCAAUUCUCACAUGGCUCUAGAAUAAAAGAGAUGCAUUUACAGCGUAUUAAAAGCUGUGUCAGGUGCUUGUGCAUGGCAAACUGUUUACACAAACUAUCCAAUCUGUACUCUCCGUUUCUCACCGGAAGCUUGUCGGUACUCUUCGAGUGCUUCCUGAGACACGUCCACACUUUUUAUGGAACAGUAGUCCAUGCUUUUUGAGCCUAUGUAGUGGUUGUGUCAGUAACAUUUUGCGUUUGUCUGUAUGCGUGUGUAAGAGAGAAUGAGUUCGUAUGUGGGAAUGUUUGAUUUUGUACUUGAACCAUUACAGGCUUUGAUUUUACUGAAGUGAUGUCAGCGUUAGCAUUAUUCAGGGUUGUCAGUUACAAACUUCUUCCUCAGUCUACUGAUGCUGCAUUUCAGACGUUUCUUAUGAGGUCAGUUGGAGUGGACCUUUCACCAGUUUGACAAAGGCUACUGUUUCCUCUUUUCUUAUUUUGUACAUAACAUCUGCUGUAACUAUAGUUCUGUGGGCAGAUGAUUUAUAAGUUAUUACCAGUGGCAAAGAAACAAACACAACCAUGCAGUUGAUAUUCUCAAUGUGAGUUUUGAGUAUUUGUGACCUGACAAAAUAAACCUCUAAAACCAAA